ACCCUCUCUUAUAAACCCGUAAAACUGUCCAACCCACGACUUGCCCUCCCCCCAACUCUUCCGUCUCAGAACAGUGUCCAAGUCUGCAUUUAACCUCAGCCACCCAGCAGCCACCUCCAAAACUAACGGAGCUCCCCCUAUCUGAACCGAUGGAAUCCGACGCAGAAGACACCAAGUCUCAAUUGACCCAAAACCAAGACCCAUCGACACCAAAGCACAAACACAAGAAGAGGAAGACGAAGAAAACCGCCGUCCCAACCAUUCCAACAUUCCAAGCCGCCGUCCAAGUUUUCCCGGAACACCCAGAAAAAACCCCACCUAUAGUGGCCCAUUUCUCAUCUGGGUUCGAUCCCACCAAGAACCCAGACCCUAAUUCGACCAAAAUCGGACUCUUUCGGAACGCCAACCGAACCAAACGAGUGGAGCUUGUGGUGCACCCGGAUGGGACCAAUGUCGAUUUUGUUGGAACUAGCUAUACUGGUGCGGCCACCAGUGACCAGUACUGCAAUUAUGCACUUGGUGUUCUAGAUAAGGCCACCCAGACUUUGAAGAUUACGCCCAUUGUUUCUAACAAGAUAUUUAGAUUAGAACCAAAAGUUAGAGGGUAUAACUACUCUGAUAAGGAACCUGCAAGUUCAGCAAUGGGAGAACUUACUGCACAAGAGAAGGCAGAGAAGCAGAUGCAGCUACAUAAUCUAUAUGGAACAAAGAAGUCUAUUAGGGAGAGUAAGAAAAUGCAGUCCUUGAAGCAAGCAGAUGGUCCUGAUUCUCUAAACGAUUUGGAUGCCAAAAUGAAACAGAUUGUGGUAAACAAGGAGGCUCUUGAAAGCGCUGAAACCCAAAGCUCUCGCCAUAUCCCACCAUUUAAUGAAUCUGCCACCACUCCACAGGAGGCUUAUCCACUAGACAAGAUCAUCAUCACAGGAGAGUGGGAUGAUGUCCAAGAUAUUUAUAAUAAACUGCAAGGUGGAAAUGAUGUUAAAUGGGAUGCUUACCCAAAUUUUGUGCUCAAUAGAAUCCAGAAAUUGAAGGAUAUUCGGGUUGAGGAGGAGAAGUUUAAGCUUGCUUGCAUAUGCACAUACAUUACACAUCUUAUAAAGUUCAAAGAUCAGUAUACCAUGGAUGGUGUUUCCUCCGCGAAGGGCCACAGAAUCCCAAGCAAUCUACGCAACAAGUUCCUUAACAUGUUUGAUCCGGCGGCAGGUUCAAGAAGGCAAACCCUAUCAAGAGAGAAGACGAAUCUCCUCAUUAGUUAUGUCUUGGUGCUCACUCUUCAUGUGGACGAGUUCCAGACAGAGUUGACAGAUAUAGCAAAGGAUCUGAGAAUGGGUGAAGCAAAUGUGAAGGACCAUUACGAGAACUUGGGUUGCAAGUUAACUAAAAAAAAGGGAAAACCAGUCGCGACCCUUCCUGUCCCUCUAAAAUUUCCACAAGAGCAGCGGAGGCGGAAGAAGGGCAAGAGAUGAUUUUCUUCGUUGUAUCUGUGUUCUUUCGUUUCUACUGCACACUUUGAUUUCACUGUGCUUGUCUGGCAGCAAUUUUACAAAGUUUGGCCUUUUGUUUUUAUGGCAAGACAUUAAUUAUUGAAUCCUAUUGCAGUGUGCUCCUUUA